AUGGGAACUCGAAGUUUUCUCUGGAAUUUUGCUAAGAAGUACUUCACAUUUGGGCUCAUUGGGCUUACUAUAUCUGAUCGUUAUGCCAGUAUCGUCCCUGUUCGGGGCCUUUCCAUGGCUCCCACAUUCAAUUCUCAUGGCAGCACUUCAAUGGGAUCAUUGACUGAUAACUAUGUUUUGGUGGAGAAAUGGUGCCUUGAAAAGUACAAGUUCUCACCUGGUGACGUAGUAGUUUUCUGGUGA